AUGAGGGAUGUGAAUGGGAAAUGUCUAACGGCAACAACUGUCGUAGGAUCCAGGAAAUUAGUGGGAAAUGGGUUGAAGAAUAAUGGCGUGAUCUUCACAGGCUAUCCAGUAGUUCGAUAUACACAACCCUCAGGUUCGCGCUUAAUCAACGGACUGUUCUCAUACGAGAGCGCUGCAAUGUUCUCUGCAUCCACCUUCGGGGAUUUCGUGUGUGAUGGGAAAAAACUGAGAGACUUGAACCCACAAAACCUCUGUGGCCUGGACAUCUACAAUGGCUUCUUAAUACGCUUUAUCAAAGCCUCAAAUGCAUAUCUGGGCCAAUCCCAAGACUCGGUGGUGAUUGAUUUCAACUAUUACCGUGCGGACGACCCUUCAACUCCGAGCUUAAUCGUGGAAGUGUGGGAAGGUGGUGGAGUGGCGUUCUUCAAAUAUGGAGCCAAGCCACAUUGGGCCAAGAAUUGGAAUGUGGCUUUCUUGGGUGUGCAGGAUAAGUUUGAAGGGUUCAUUACAGCCAAGCAACUAUUGGAUCCUGAAAAUAGGUUCUCAAGUAAAUGGUCAGAUGACGUAGUGUAUGGCAAACGAGGGGAAAAGUUGACAGGUGUGCGUUGGAGGGCUGUGUAUAUGUUCUGA